AUGUAUAUAGAAGCAGAUAUGAAUCGACAUAUGCGGAAUCAUUUUCAUAAUGUUGCAAGAAAUAUGAACAAUUAUGUUGCUGCAUCAAGGCAUCAUUAUCAUCAAAGACGAUUUUAUCCACCUAUGCAUGAUAGAGUACAUUAUUCACCUGCGUAUCAAAGCCCAUCAAUAAUGAAUUCUGGUCUUAGUGGUAUUAUUGCUCAUGGUUUGAAUUUAAUUGGUAUGCCACCAAAUAUUAUCAAUAUGGGUUAUCGUUUUGGUUAUUUUUUUGAUGUUCUUGGAUAA